AUGGAGUUCUGCGAUCCGCAGUUGGUCUCGUACGCGAGUGAGCUGCCCGAGUUCAUCCGGAAGUCCGUCGAGAACGUUCGCUUGCUGAUGGGCGCGCCGACCCUUCUUGAUGGGCGGGACGUGACGGCGACGAGGUUGCAGGAAGCACUCGACGCUGCGAGUUCCGAGGCUGGCAGUGACAAGGACAAGGACAAGGCCAAGAUCGUUGUCGUUGUAGAUGGCUCAGGCACUUACGACGCUAUCUCGAAGGCAGUUGCGUCGUCCCCUGCUGGCAGGGCCCUGAUCAAGAAGGCCGAAGCAAAGAAGGAGCGCAUGGCGGUCGUCAGUUCCAAGCACGCGAAGCUCGUCGUGGUGCUUGACGGGCUCAUGGACGUGUUGACGGACCAGGUGGGCAUCGACUACAAGGAGGCGGUCAUCCAGUACCAGAAGAUCUGCGACAAGUUUACCAGCGAAGACUUCAGCGCCCAGGCGGACCUCGUGACGCAGGUGAAACCAAAGGUUGUGCAGGUGUCCGGAGCCAUCCUGCGCACCGUCGGCAACGCCUCUGUAGCUCUCCUCAAGGAUGUGUCCGUGCCACUGCUGGAGCCGACAGCUCCGUUCAUGAUGUUUCUUGAGGCCCUGGUGCUUGAGGCAUCGGUCAAAAUUUGGAAGCCUUUCUUGGACGUCACUCCGUUCUUCAGCGUGAUCCAGUGGUCGCGCUCGUACUUGCAGGACAUGUCGGGCGCCGUUGCGUUGUGCAAAGCGGCGCUCUCGAAUAAGGGUGAUGCUCCUGAGGGGUUGCUCUCGGCGAUGGCCACUCUGCGCGCCAUGAACCCCGGCGAGGCCGACAUCAAGAAUCUCAUCACGAGCACCUGGGGGGACAGCAUAUUCGAGUUGGCUUCCAAGCACAUCGACACACUCUUAGCAGACGAGUCCGUGCAGCAACUGGUGGAGACGGCUACUGAGCAUGUCAAGUCCAAGUUGGCCCCCGUGCUGGAUAAGUGCGAAGCUAUGUACAAGGACCCGCACCACUUGCCCGACGACUCUAGCGCUGCCGAUCUCAAGAAGGAGAUGGUCCAGAUCCUUGACGAUGUAAAGGGGCUGAACGACAAGCGCCUCAACCGCCAGCUGCAGUUUUUUGCUCUUGGCUUCGAGGCGACCCACUGCCAGCGGGGCCUGGCGCACCGCUGGAACUCUUGCCAGACCGCGGAACAGAUGCUCAUUACGCCGGAGUGGAUCCUCCUUGUCAGCCCAGCUCGGCGUUUAUUGAAGACGAUUCGCAGCAUGCACAAUGACGAUACCAAAGCGGAAGAGUGCAAGGCUCUGUUCCAGGCUCAGGAUACGGACAAUCUCCACCUCGACGUCAACUUCAGCAGAUUCGACGCUCUGGUUAAGUUGGUUGAGCUCGAGUCUGGCGUCGACGGGACUUUGCAGAAGAUCUACGCCCAGUGGCAGGCGAGCGUUCACGGCCUCGUGACUUUCAUGGAGCAGGGCUGCCCGCAGUGGGAGGAGUGGGCCAAGCUGAGCACCUUCCCGUCCGAGGAGCAUAUCAAGGCGCUGGUCGAGAACCGCGCGUACCCCAAGCUCAUGCCCGCCAGCAACAAGCUCGAGGCAGUCCUCUCCUUGAUCGACACCCUGGAGAAUCAGGUCGGAGGCAUGCCGGUGCUCAGCGACGAGACGAGGGAGAAGGCCGAUAAGGCCAAGACCAAGGCGGUCAACACCGUCGCGGUCACUUUCGUGACAUACAAGAUGUACAAGUACAUUCCGUCCUUGGCUGAGGCUUCGAGGCCCGACGAGGUUGGCAAAUUGCGGAAGGCGGUGAAUGAGAAGGGCACCGCCCUGCUGCCGGUGUUCGAGGCGAAGCUCGCGGCGCUGGAGAAGGAGGCCCUGCUGGCCCUCGGGCCGCUGCUCGCCCGGCACCGCAGCGGCCGCUGCCGCUUCGGGACGCCUGGCACCCGCCUCUUCGCGGCGGAGGCCCAGGGCGCCCUGCGGCUUCCCGCCUCGGCGCAGCCGGCCGCUCUCGAGGCAGUGGCGGAGGCGCUGUCCCUGGCGGCGCGCGCAGAGGUGGACGCCAUCGUGCUGUGCCCGGGCAAGAAGGCGAAGCACGAUGAGGAGGUGGAGCUGGGGCUGGCCCAGCUGCGCCUGAGCUGCCAGGAGCUGACGCUGAGCCGCCGGGCCCUCGGGGACGCGGGCGGCGUUGCCGCCUGCGCCUUCGUGCGCCCCUGGGCCGGGCGCCUGCAGAUCGCCCGGCUGAUGGAGUGCCAGCUGGGCGACGGCGGCGCGGCGGCGGUGGCGCGCCUCCUGCGGGGCGGCGGCGGCGCGCAGCCCUCUCGGGCUGGCGACCUGGGCGGCUCCGGCGGGGCGUCGCUGAGCCUGCGAGAGCUGACGCUGACCGCCAACCACAUCGGGGACAAGGGCGCCGUGGCACUGGCGGAGGCCCUCCCCAGGUGCGACGUCCUGGAGCGGCUGCUGCUCGACCGCAACCAGAUCGGCCAGGCUGGCGCGGCGGCACUGGCCAGGCACCUGCCGCGCAGCGCACUGAAGGAGCUGGUGCUGGGCUCCCACCUCGGGGGCAACCCCGUCGGCCCGGCUGGCGCGGAGGCGCUGGCUGCCGCGCUCGACGACGAGCUGCCGCGCGCGGCGGCGGACCGGCCUUGGCGCCUCGGGGCGCUGGCGCUGGACGAUUGCGGCGUCGGGGAGCAGGGGGCGAAGGCGUUCGCCCGCGCGCUGCCGCGCAGCGCGCUCUUCGCCCUCUCCCUGGCGCGGGGGCACGUGGGCAGCGACGGCGUGAAGGCCGUGCUCGUGGCGCUGCCGCCGUCGAUGGUCUCGCUGGAUCUGUCCUGCAACGGGGUCGCCGACUCGGCCGCGUCGGCGGCAGGCGAGGUGCUGUACAAGAUGCCCCAGCUCGUGGUGUCGCUCGCGCAAAGCGGCGUCACCCCCGCGCUCGCCGCCCUCCUGAGGGAGGAGCACGGCGCCCGCCUGCGGCUGUGAGGGCGGCCCCCGCGCCUCGUGCUCCAGGCCUCCAGUUGCACCACCCCCCCACACCUUCGCCUUCCCAUCGCAACCCUUCAACCUCCCCGACCUGCCCGUAGCCUUCUGCGCCCCAGUGUCGGGGCAUGAGCUGCUGCCUCUUGUUGUCUCCCCUGAGGCGUGACCCUGGGGGAAUGCACUGCCCAGCCGCCCCCACACGGCGAGCAAUGUUUUGCGCUUCACAUAGUACCAGGCGCCCUGCAUGUACACGGGCUCCUUGAAGCCGCCCUUUGAGCACCUUUCAGUUAGUUGCGACGCUUGUCUUGCCGUGUCACGCGAGAUCGCUCGCCGCUGCCGCUACCGUCGUCGUCGCAGCCCACGUGCCCGAGAUCUGUCAAAGAUCAGGCGGAGAAUAUGAGGGCUCAGGUCAGGAGGAGGCCGCCUGGCCGCGCCAAUCCCCUUUUUCUGACUUGCGCCGUGUUUGCCUGCCUCGCAUGUGUUCUGCAUCAUGCCGUUACUGAGACCUCAGGCGUCUCGCCCACAUGGUUUGGAAAAAAGGAGGAGGAGGCGGAGGAAGACGCCGACGCAGGGACCGCCUUGUGGGCUCGGGCGGCGCCGAGGCCCCCCCCUCUCGCGGUGCCCGAGGCGCGCCGUGCCCGGGGCAGCAGCAACAAC